UAUCAUUUACAAUCACAAAACAAACUCUACGCUUCCCUUCUUAUUUUCCUUUUUUCUUCUAAUUCACAGUCUCUUCCUUUCUUCACCCACUUGUACUGACAAUGGAAAGUGGAGAGUGGGUUUUUGUAACACGACCAACAGAUAAAGACUUGUGGAACCCAACUUCAACUGAGUUGGAGGAUUCCAGACCGUUAAAAGUCACUUUUAGCGGGCCGGCAAAGUACUGGACGGAUGGAAUUCCGAUCGGUAAUGGCCGUCUUGGUGCCAUGGUGUGGGGUGGUGUUUCAUCAGAACUUAUCCAACUGAAUGAGGACACAUUAUGGACAGGGACUCCAACUGAUUUUACUGACCCUGCUAUACCACAAGCAUUAUCAGAGGUUAGAAAUCUGGUUGACAGUGGUAAAUUUUCAGAAGCAACUAAAGCAGCAGCAAGGAUGUUUGGAAAAUAUACCAAUGUUUACAAACUACUUGGUGAUAUCAAGCUAGAAUUUAAUGGUUCCACAUAUGCCGAAGGAACAUAUUAUAGGGAGCUAGACUUAGAUACUGCAACAGGAAGAGUAAAGUAUACCGUGGAUGAUGUAGAAUUCACAAGGGAACACUUUGUAUCUAAUCCCGAUCAAGUGAUUGUGACCAAGAUUUCUGGAAGCAAAGCACAGUCUGUAUCCUUUGCUGUAUCUUUAGACAGCAUAUUAGAGCAUCAAUGUUACCUAACAGAUGAAAAUCAACUUGUAAUGGAAGGAAUUUGCCCAGGAAAAAGGAUGACAACAGAAGUUAAGGCAAAUGAUGAUCCAAAGGGAAUGAAGUUCACUGCUGUUCUUGAUUUACAGAUUAGUAAUGGCGCACGUUUGGUACGUCUUCUGGAUGACAACAAGUUGAAGGUUGUUGGAGCAGAUUGGGCUGUGUUGCUGCUGGUGGCUUCAUCUUCAUUUGAAGGGCCAUUCGUGGAUCCUUCAGAUUCAAAGAAAAAUCCUACUUCUGACUCUCUUCAAGCAAUGAACUCAAUAAAAAAGCUGUCAUAUUCUCAGCUUUAUUCACGUCAUUUAGAUGACUUUCAGAAUCUUUUUCACCGUGUUUCAUUGCAGCUGGAGAAGAACUCUGCUAUUGGAGAUGGAGUAUCAGAGAUCAGGAAUCUUAUGCCUUCAGUGAUUGAAGAUUUCAAAGGGAACAAAGAUGUUGUGAUUCCAACAGUUGAGAGAAUAAAGUCCUUUGAAUCUGAUGAAGAUCCUUCCUUGGUGGAGCUUCUAUUCCAGUUUGGUCGAUAUUUGCUUAUUUCUUGUUCACGCCCCGGAACCCAGGUGGCUAAUCUUCAAGGAAUAUGGAACAAGGAUCUUUAUCCAGCAUGGGAUUCUGCUCCAACCUUGAACAUCAAUCUUGAAAUGAACUAUUGGCCUUCCCUGCCUUGCAACCUCAGAGAAUGCCAGGAGCCCUUGUUUGAUUUCAUCAAAUCUCUAUCAAUAAGUGGAAGUAAAGUUGCACAAGUAAACUACAUUACAAGUGGUUGGGUUGCGCAUCACAGGUCUGACAUAUGGGCGAAAGCAUCCGCAGAUAUGGGAAAUCCUAAGUGGGCAAUAUGGCCAAUGGCUGGGGCCUGGGUUUGUACACACUUAUGGGAUCACUACACUUAUACACUAGACAAAGAUUUUCUUAUAAAUACGGCAUACCCUCUCUUGGAAGGAUGUGCAUCAUUUUUGGUGGACUGGUUGAUUGAAGGGAAUGAUGGAUAUCUUGAAACCAACCCGUCAACAUCUCCAGAACACAUGUUUAUUGCCCCAGAUGGUAAUUCUGCUUCUGUGAGCUACUCGUCAACCAUGGAUAUGGCUAUCAUCAACGAAGUAUUUUCUGCAAUUGUUUCUGCUUCUGAGAAACAGGUUUUAGGCAGAAGUGAGGAUGCUCUUGUUCAGAAAGUGCUCAAGGCUCAACCAAGGCUCUAUCCACCAAAAAUUGCUCCAGAUGGUUCUAUCAUGGAAUGGGCACUCAAUUUCAAGGAUCCUGAGGUGAAGCAUCGACAUAUUUCACAUCUAUUUGGGCUGUUUCCAGGGCACUCAAUAACCUUGAAGAAAAAUCCAGAACUUUGUAAAGCCGCAGAAAAUACUCUCUACAAAAGAGGAGAGGAUGGCCCAGGAUGGUCGACUGUAUGGAAAACUGCUGUAUGGGCACGUCUACAGAACAGUGAGCACGCUUAUACAAUGGUUAAGCAUUUGAUUAGGUUGGUAGACCCGGCUGAUCAGAAGAUAGGUUUCGAAGGUGGACUAUACAGCAACUUAUUUGCAGCACACCCUCCUUUUCAAAUCGAUGCCAAUUUAGGGUUCCCAGCCGCAGUUUCGGAGAUGCUUGUCCAGAGUACCAUGACGGAUUUGUACUUGCUUCCUGCUCUUCCCCGAGAUAAAUGGGCAAAAGGGUGUGUGAAAGGAUUGCAAGCACGUGGGGGGAAUACAGUCAACAUAUGCUGGGACAAAGGAGAUCUUCAAGAAGUUGGCCUUUGGUUGAAGAAGGAUGGAAGUUGUUCUCUCCAAAGAUUACAUUAUAGAGGAACUACAGUUACGACAAGCUUAUCAUCUGGGAUAAUUUACACAUUUAAUUCACAGUUGCAAUGUACAAAGUCGUUCUCGCUUUCGGAAGUGGCCUUCCCUCGAGUUUAGAGAUAUUCUUU